CUAAAUAAGUGUAGAUCACUUGCUUCGAUUUAAUAAUGCUUGUUUUAACUUUUUUGUGCUAUUAGAUAAAAUUAAAUAAUAAUGGAUGAUGAGUUUGAUGAAGCUGAUACCAAAACUAGGAGACUUCCAAAGGUUGCUAAGGUGAAGAACAAAGCUCCUGCACCAGUUCAAAUUACAGCAGAGCAACUUCUUCGUGAAGCUAAAGAAAGACAACUAGAAAUAGUUCCACCACCUCCAAAGCAAAAAAUUUCUGAUCCAGAUGAACUCCAAGAUUAUCGGUUAAGAAAAAGAAAGUUUUUUGAGGAUAACAUCCGCAAAAACAGAACUACUGUUGGUAAUUGGUUAAAGUAUGCAGCAUGGGAAGAAACCCAGAAAGAAAUUCAAAGAGCAAGGUCUAUAUAUGAGAGAGCUUUGGAAAUCAACCACAGAAAUGUCACUCUUUGGUUGAAAUAUGCAGAGAUGGAGAUGAAACACAGGCAAAUAAAUCAUGCAAGAAACAUUUGGGAUAGAGCUGUGACAAUAUUGCCAAGAGUGAAUCAGUUCUGGUAUAAAUAUACCUACAUGGAGGAAAUGUUGGGAAAUAUUCCUAACACGCGCCAAGUGUUUGAAAGGUGGAUGGAAUGGGAGCCUGAAGAACAAGCAUGGUUAUCAUAUAUUAAGAUGGAAUUGAGGUAUAAAGAGGUAAACCGAGCACGUGCAGUGUAUGAAAUGUUUGUUAUGUGUCAUUCAAAUGUUAAGAAUUGGAUAAGAUUUGCAAGAUUUGAGGAAAGUCAAGGCAACAUUUCCAAUGCUCGGAUUGUUUAUGAGCGUGCUGUUGAAUUUUAUGGCGAUGAUAACCUAAAUGAGCAAUUAUUCAUUGCUUUCGCAAGGUUUGAAGAAAAUCAGCGCGAGUUUGAAAGAGUUCGAACUAUUUAUAAGUAUGCUUUGGAUAAGAUUUCUAAAAAUGAAGCUCAGGAGUUAUUCAAAAAUUAUACAACAUUUGAAAAGAGGUUUGGUGACCGAAGUGGUAUCGAAGAUGUUAUUGUGAGCAAAAGAAAGUUUCAAUAUGAAGAGGAAGUAAAGUUAAAUCCUACAAAUUAUGAUGCAUGGUUUGAUUAUAUCAGACUGGUUGAAAGUGAUGGUGACCAAGAAACUAUAAGAGAAGUUUAUGAGCGUGCAAUCGCAAAUAUACCUCCUGUUCAGGAAAAGAAACAUUGGAGGCGUUACAUAUAUUUAUGGAUUAUGUAUGCCUUGUUUGAGGAGCUUACUGCUAAAGAUAUGGAUCGCACUAAACUUGUAUACAAAGCUGCUUUAGAAGUUGUACCACAUAAAAAGUUUACAUUUGCUAAAAUAUGGUUGUUAUAUGCCUACUUUGAAGUUCGUCAAAAGAAUCUUAAAGCUGCAAGACUAGCAUUGGGAACAAGUAUUGGCAAAUGUCCAAAGAAUAAACUGUUUCGUGAGUACAUCAGUCUUGAACUUCAGUUGCGUGAGUUUGACCGUUGUCGAAAAUUGUACGAGAAGUUUUUAGAAUUUAAUCCUUCCAACUGCACAACAUGGAUUAAAUAUGCGGAAAUGGAAACUAUACUUGGAGACAUUGAUCGCGCUCGAGCUAUUUAUGAGCUAGCAAUCUGUCAGUCACUUUUAGAUAUGCCUGAGGUGCUAUGGAAAGCUUACAUAGAUUUUGAAAUUGCUCAGCAAGAAUAUGACAAUACUCGGCAACUUUUUGAAAGGCUAUUGAAACGAACCAAUCAUAUGAAGGUUUGGAUCAGCUAUGCGCGAUUUGAAUCAACUACUGGUGAAGAUGCAGCCAUUGAACAAGCAAGAAGUAUUUUUAAGCGCGGUGAUAAAGCAUUAAAAGCAGAUAAUCUUAAAGAAGAACGAAUGAUGUUGCUUGAGGCGUGGAAAACUUUUGAAUAUGAACACGGAACCAGUGCGUCGCAGAUGGCCAUAGACAAACAGAUGCCGCGAAAAGUUAAAAAAAGAAGAAAAGUUCAAACAGACGAUAUGUCGGACGCUGGAUGGGAAGAAUAUUACGAUUACAUUUUCCCAGACAAUGACGCUGAUCAACCUAAUUUCAAAUUGCUACAAAUGGCAAAAAUGUGGAAAAACGAAAAUAUAUCUUCAGAUAGUGAGAGUGAAGAAAAAGAAGAUUUUCUACCUUUACCACUGAUGAAUAUAGAUAAAGAUCAUAGUUUUAGUGAUGAAAGUGAUUCGGAAUAAAAAAAAAUUUUGCUUUGGUACCCGAAACAUGACAACGCAAACAUUUUACCCAAAGUGUGAUGUCUGGUGAGCAAGUCCGCUUUUGCGGAAAAAAAACUAGUUUGUGGUUUGCAUCUGUGGUAUAUCUUGCUUAUUAAAAAUAAUUCAAAAAUUGUUUAAUAUUAACUCGGCUGACAUUCUUUUAUGAUAAUCGCUAGGCUGACGCUCUCGCGUGGAAUAAGAUAAAUAAUGAUCUUCCAUCAGAUAAUAAAAAUAAUUACAAAUAAUAUUGUAUGAUUUUUUAAAUAUUGAUAGUAUUAUAUUA